AUGGUCCCACCGUGGACUGGAAUGUCCUUCUACUCUUUCUUGUCCUCCGCUGCGCAGACAACGACAACUCCAUCCAGACUAGUUCUACGAGGCCUUACUGAGGGUCAGGCCGUCCUCCUCACACACAUCGUCACGUGGGCCUUGACGAUCGUGGCGGGCAUUUUCCUUGCCCUGCGCUUCUUUGCAAUAUGGUACAGAAGGGUUGGCUUGGUAGCCGACGAUGUAUUUCUUGCUAUCACAUGGCUUCAAGGAAGGGAGAAAGUUGGCACUAACCCUGACACGAAUACACUGCAAAAGGUCCUUGUCGUCUUCUACUCUACCACCUCAUCCCUCGAGCUUGCCCUUGGGCUGGGAACGACGACGCAGGCAAUCAACUCCCUGUCGUAUUCCUCCUCGUCACUGCUCCUCCUCGACAAUGUUGCUCGCACCCUCGCCCUCACAACCGCGGCGUGGAGCAAGUCUGCGCUGGGGAUCUCGCUCCUGGGGCUCGGGAGGAAGCGGCGCGCACUAUGGGCCCUGGGUGUGGUGAUCGCUUCCGUCAACAUGGAGGCUAUCGGCACCACUCUGGCGCACUGGAUGAGGUGUAAGCCGGUUUUCGGAGCAUGGAAUGAUAGUGCCAAUGGGACGUGUUGGCCCAGAAGGGUCGAUAGCGCAAUCCAAAUCAGCGCACAAGACAAGCUUACCCUGGGCCUCGCCUCAGCAUACUUUGCAUUUUGCGACCUGGCACUGGUUGUCGUUGGUGUCAUGCUCGUGUGGUCGAGCAGCCUUCAUCGCGGUGAGAAGGUGGGCGCGAGUGUCUUGGUGGCUCUAGGCCUGAUGGCCGCUGCAGGCGCCAUCGCAACAGCCGUUGAAAUCUCGUUCCUGACAGACGCCAACUUUACGACUCAGAACAUACACAUCCUCCUCACGGCGGUGAUAGACCCAACCCUAACCAUCCUCGCCUCCUCCUUGCCAGCCCUCCGCCUCUUACUCCCAGCUUACGACCGAGGCCGCUCCUCGCCCAAGGAGUUCCACCUCAUACAGCGGCAGAACGAUGACGAUGAUAUGAUGAUGUCCAAAGACAUAAUGCCUAACCAGACUCCCGCUCCUUUGCCACCCCCGCCGCCGCCAGUGCGCCCUGCCAGGCCGUUGAGUAGACAUGGAUUGGUUGGACUGGUCGAUAUACCUGAUGCUGCUCUUUCGAUGAAGGAUGAACUUUCCUUCUAUAGUGGAGUGGGAGGUGUGGCCAUGGACCAACAACGAAAGCAGCAGCAGCAGCAGCAGCAGCAACGGCAGCAGCAGCAACAGCAACAGCGGUACUAUGGAGGAAGCGGGGAGUCUAUGGACUAUCUGCUUCCUGGCGGCGGUUACUGGUACAAUACGUACGCGACCAUGACACCACCCGUGACGGCGAAUACACGCGGCUUCAUGAGCCCCAGCACAGGAGGCGGAAGAAGCAGCAACAACAGCUGGCAAAGCGACCAAGUGACCCUGGCUACCCCGCAGAGAUCACCAGUCACAUCAGCGCCGCCGCCGCCGCCGCCGCCGCCGCCGCCUCCAGCGCUGACGAUGAUGACGGGCAUGUAUCCAGGCCACUCCCACGCCCCCUUCGGAAAGCUAACGACCCUUGAAGAAGAAGAAGGGGCGGCGUCGUCGGCGCGCCCAAGCUAUGUCUCGACGCCACGGUCGUCCACGUACAGUGCGGGCAAUAUGGUGCGGUAUGUCGAAGGGAUAAUGGGAAUAACGACGCCGACAACGACUCCGACGAUGGAGAAUCGUGGAGACGAUGAUGGCAGCGAUGGGAGGAGCGAGCAGCAGAUGCAGGGGAGGAGGGGGGGAGGAGGAGGAGGAGGACUUGGUGAGCUGUUGAGGCCGCGGGAUUCGCCUACUUUGGGGCAGUAUGGGUUGGAUGACGAGCCAAGACCGAGGGACUUGGCUGAUGAUUAUUUUAGCCGAGUGGAUGUGAAGAUGUGA